AUGCCAUCUCUGAGCGCUCAGUUACGAGCCCUCUGGCAUGAUCUCACGUCCAAUGACCGCCAUGCCUCCGUCAACUCCCCCUACCGAACCGGCAGCCACCAGCCCCUCCCCCAGAACCGGCACGCGCCUCUCACGUCGAUAGCAACGACCGCCCUCGAUUCCCGCACCGAUCUCGACUCGCCGUACAAGGAAGAUAUGGAGCUUGGCCACGGCUCCGUGACCUUCAACGGUAUGGCCUCCGCCGAUGCCCCAUACACCCCUGGCAUGAGGAGUAAUCUGCGACGACAAUCCUCAGGGAUGGACGGCAAAGCAGAGGGUGCGAGCGAGAUACAAAUGCAGAGCUUUAGUGACGGCCUUCCCCCUCCACCGCCCGUCGGACACUCAUGGAGGAGGAUAGAUCGCUGGCUGGAAGACAACUACGAAGAGCUCUACGAGAACCUGUCUGCGGGUGCGACGCACAACGACGUGAACGAGCUGGAACACGAGCUCGAUCUGUCCUUACCGCCGGAGGUGCGCGAGUCACUACAGAUGCACGACGGGCAGGAACGCGGCGGCUUGCCCACCGGCGUCGUCUUCGGCUGUAUGCUGUUGGACUGUGAAGAGAUUCUGCAGGAGUGGCAACAGUGGCGCACGAUCAACGAGGUGUACCUGAGCGACAAGCAGACCUACACCAUCCCGCAAGCACCCAUCAAGGCCUUUGCCGGCUCCUCUUCCUCCCCCGCCGCUCCGAUCGCACAAGCCCAGCAGUCCGGUAAUCCGCAAUGGAAGCAAGAGCUGCUCGACAAGCAAGACUCGCAGCCAUCGAAUGCCAUUCAAAAAGCUUACGCCCACCCCGCCUGGAUUCCUCUCGCGCGAGACUGGGGCGGCAACAAUAUUUGCGUCGAUCUCGCUCCGGGCCCGACGGGCAAAUGGGGUCAGGUCAUCCUGAUGGGCCGCGAUUACGACUGCAAAUAUGUCGUCUCUCGCUCAUGGUCGGCGUUCCUGGCCACGCUCGCGGAUGACAUGAACACCGACAAGUGGUUCAUCGACGAAGACACAAAGGAGCUGAAGUUGCGCGAAUUCAAGCAACAGGGGGUCGAGCCGGCAUACAUUGACAUUUUGAGGUGGCGAGCGGAUCAGAAAUACGGCCGCAAGGCACCCAAGAAGCGACCAUUGAAGGUCAACAGUCAAGCCGGCGGCAAGGGACCGAAUGGCAUGUCACCUUACGGAAGCCCAACGACGGGCAAUGACGAUAGGGGCAGAAGUCCGCAGCGCUUCCAAAAUGGCAAGGCACCCGCAACGGGGAGCCCUCGCGCGCUCGUCUCAAGCCCACUGGCCAGAGUGGCGGAGGAGAUGCCGCAGCCGCUCAAGCUCGAUACUCACGUCGAAAAUCAGCCGGAGAAAUUGAUCUCCGCGGAUACACCUCUGGUGUACAACUCCUCGAAACUCGACAGGUUUGCGCCGGCCGACACACCGCUCAACAGCGAAGGCGAAGACAGGACGGGCAGCUUUCCCAAGAGUAAGCUGAACAGCGCCUCCCUCAGCGACACCUCGCCCGCCAGCCUGGCGGACGCCGAAACACGAGCAGGGGCGGAAGAGGACGGAGAGAUGAAAGAAGUGCAGAUCUGA